ACACCAACACAACACAACUCCUGCUUGCUGCCUCCAGUACUUCAUAGGUGACUUCUGACGAUGGACAGCUCUUCUGAUGCUCACAGCCGGAACAAGUGCGCGGCGUGCUACCGCGAGUUCAACCGGAUGGAGCACCUGGUGGAGCACAUGCGUGUGUCGCACCACUCGGCCCACGAGCCCCGCUGCGGCGUCUGCGGCAAGCACUGCCGCUCCCUCGACGCCCUCCGCGACCACCUCGGUUUCGGCAGCGUCCUCCCCAAGGCCGGCUGCGCGAGUGUCUUCGCCGCCCGCGGCUGCCAUCUCUGCCUCGCCGUCUUCCCUGCCUCUGCUGCCCUCCGUGCCCACCGCGCCACCUGCCAGCUCUCCAGCGCUCCGACGCAAAGCCAGCUCACCAGAAGUAUGUCAAGAAUGAGCAUCCACGGAGGCGGCCAUGGUGGUGCGGUGGCGCUGGGGUGCAAGAUGGUGGGCGGUGGCAGCGACGGGACACUAGACGUGUGCGCGCGCGUCUGCCUCAUCGACGAGCACGAGAACAUCCUCUUCGAGUCCUUCGUGAAGCCGCUAAUCCCAGUGACGCAUUACCGCUACGAGAUGACGGGGAUCCGCCCGGAGCACCUCCGCGACUCUGCCACGACGGUGAAGCAGGCUCGGAAGCGCGUGGAGGACAUCCUUCACAACGGCGAGGAUCCGUGGAAGAUCCGCACAGCACGCGGCAGCGCAAGAAUCCUGGUCGGGCACGGCCUGGACCACGACCUCGACGGGCUGGGCAUGGACUACCCGGCGUACCUGAAGCGGGACACGGCGACCUACCCGCCGCUGAUGAAGACGAGCAGCAGGAUGAUGAGCAACUCGCUCAAGUUCCUGACGAAGAGUUGCCUCGGGUACGAGAUACAGAACGGUGGGCACCAGCACCCUUACGACGACUGCGUGGCUGCGAUGCGGCUGUACAAGAGGAUGCGCGCGCUGAGGCAUGGCGUCAAGGGGGAGGUGAAGGGGUGCGCGGGACCGCCGCCGGCGAGCGUGGCGGAGGCGUUCCCGGCGUGGAGGCAGCGGGAGCUGGAGCGCAUGUCGCCGGAGGAGCUGCUGAGGAUGUCCAAGCCCGACUACCGCUGCUGGUGCCUGGACGACGUCUAGUCGUGGUGGAUUGGGCGGUGCUGAUUGCUGACGGAGGGAAGCUGCUGCCUUGCCUGCCUACCGAAAAGUCGAUUCUUUUUGCCUUAUAAUUUGCUGAUAAUAAAGCAAGGUAGUUGCCGUAUGACGUGGCAAAUAAAUCACUCGUACUAGUUUGGUCAAAAAAAUUGCGCCCGACAGAAACUUCGUGUCACCACAUGACCACAACAUGAGUUGGUAGAGUAUCUAGAAACAGAGAUGGGAUUUUUUUUUUUUGAAACAGGGGCAGGGUGAAUAGCACCCUAAAUUUCAUUCAGCUCAUAAACAUUGUACUAAGAGUAUUAUAGUUCCGAUAGAUGCAACCGCUGAACAGCAACAGCUACUGAACAUCCUAAAUUGCUAUGAGUUGUGUUCUUGUAAGAACAGAUAGGAAAUGUUCGCGAUGAAUGCAUUGCGUGUUGUGCACGAGCCA